GACCAAAGAAGCUUUCCUCAGCUUUAUAUAUCUGACAACUGAUUAAUUACAGUGAUCCAUUUUUAUUCACUAACAUUAUAUAGUGCUAUCAGAAUCAAAACAGCUAAAUAAAAUCGAUUCAGUAUAAGGUUUACAGUCAUUAAAGGUGUUGUGAACAAUCAGGGUCAUGCUUUGUCUGUUCAUCUGAUAGAAUAGAUAUUUUUCGAAAUGGUUAUUUAAAAACUAAAAAAUGGCAUAUUCUGUAAAUACAACACCACUUUUACAACAACAAUUCGAUUCGGAAAACGAAGACGAUGGUAACGAUAUUGUUGUAAGGGAUAUUAGACCUUUAUUUAAACCGGAACCCGUGGAUAAAUUCUAUGCUACCUAUUUUAUAUUUUACAUAUUAGGUAUCGUGACUUUACUACCUUGGAAUUUUUUUAUAACAGCUGAUGAUUAUUGGAUGUAUAAAUUUAGGAAUGUUAGUAGUAAUCUUAGUAUUAGAGAAGAUGCUCCAACGCGAUCUACAUUACAAGCAGAGUUUACUUCUUAUUUGACUUUAACUUCGAGUUAUCCUAAUUUGGUAUUUUUAAUAUUAAAUACAGUCAUUAGUCAUAGAAUACCUCUCAAUUUAAGAAUACUCGGAUCACUAAUUUUUAUUCUUUUGUUAAUGUUAUUGACCUUGGUGCUAGUGAAUAUUGACACUGAUAACUGGCAACAUGGGUUUUUUAUAUUGACGUUAGUCACAAGCUUAUUCCUAAACAUUUUCAGUCCUAUUUUUGGAGGAAGUAUUGUGGGAGUAGUAGGAAAGUUUUCCCCCAUUUACAUAACCGCUCUUAUAGGGGGACAAGCAUUGGGUGGAGUAUUUGCAGCGUUGACUCAAAUAGCUGCUUUAGCCAUAGGAGCAUCGUCUACACACACCGCUCUAGUUUAUUUCAUAAUAGGAAAUUGUACUAUAGCUCUAGCUAUAAUUUUAUAUAUUCUAUUAACUCGAUCAGUUUUUUUUAAAUAUUACUCAUUCGACCAAGCUGUGAUAGUUAGCGACCUACAGACAAAUUCUACAUUACAAGAUGUCGUUUCGUACAAGGUGAUUUUUAAGAAGAUAUGGUGCUACUGUUUUUGCGCUUUUUUUAUUUAUUUUAUUUCAAUUUCCGCGUUUCCUGGAGUCUGCGUACUUAUCGAAUCUGAAGGUAAAGGGCACGGUGACAAAUGGAAUGAUGUAUAUUUCGUUCCAACAAUAACCUACUUACUUUUUAGUAUAGGUGAUUAUUCUGGUAGAAUCAUUGCUGGUAGAAUACUUAAGCCAAAAAACAUCAUCUUAAUUACUAUUUUAACUGUAUCGAGGCUAAUAUUCAUUCCAUUAAUUUUAUUAUGUAACGCACAACCCCGGUAUCAUUUGGCAGUUGUGUUUGACAGAGAUUAUCAAUAUAUAUUGAUCCAAUUUAUAUUUGCAUUUACCAAUGGUUACAUGACUAACAUCAUACAAAUUUUGACUUCUAAAGUCGUAGAUCGACAUGAAAGGGAAAUCGCUUCGUGUAUGACUGUCGUUUUUAUAGGUAUCGGAGCCGCGAUAGGAUCCACACUUAGUUUAUUCUUGGUUAGAUUAUUAUAAACCUAAUAUAGAAUCGUUGUUAACAUAUUUAUAAUAAGGAUAAAAUAUAUACCAUUAUUUUCGUUA